UAAAUGUGCAACAAGCUUACGAGAUAAUCAAGAUUACUCAGCGACGCUGUAGUACAGACACACGUUCACAUUGCCGACAUUUAUAAUUGCACAAAUAAUGCAAGGUUCCUUACUUUAAAUUGUAUAUUUAUACUAUUAUAGAUUUAUAUAAAAAAAACUUGCAGUAUAUCUUUAGUUAACAAAAAAUGUUACAAUAUUUGAUGUGCUCUUAAUUUUGAGGUUAUUAGUUAUGUUCUUCAAAUUAAUCAUCAUUUUAAAAAAUCUUAUAGAGAUUAUUUUGAAAAAUUAUAAUAAAUAAUAAUUUUAAAUUGUAUAUAUUUCAUAUAUUUUUUCUUUUUCUACUUUUUUUCUAUGAAGAUUUUUUAAUAAAAUUUAUUAAUAUUAUCAAAAAAAAUGUGAUAGAUUGUCAGUUUACCUUAAUAUUUAUUUUAUGUUUUGUAUAUUAUCAAUUGUAAAUAGAAAAUCAAUUUGUUCUUUUAAAUAAUAUUAUAAAAUUUUGGAAUUAAAUUACAAAAAAUCAUCGAUAUCUUUUUUAUAGCAUAAAUGUAGAAUUAUUUAUUCGAAUUACAUAUUUUAUUUUACGUUGAAAUGUUUUUGUUGAAAUAUCUUUCCAAAAAAAUUAAUUUAUAAUUCGAUCAUUGAUCUACGUCAGAUCUUUGAAUAGCUAUAUAUUUUUAUUUUCCAAUAAUUAUAUAUUUUUUUUUAUAGAAAAAUUAUAUGAUAAUUACAAUAAAAUAAAUUUUUUAAAGUAAAUAUUUUAAAAAAUAUAUUAAAUAAUGCAAAUAUAUAAAAAUAUAUUCUUACAAUUUUAUUUAAAAUUUUUUUAUUUAUUUUUUUAUUUUUUAGUAAUGUUUAUAUUUUUAAUAUUUUUAUUAUUUUUUUAUAAAUAUGAUGAUCGUAAAUUUUAUAAGAAAAAUUUUAAAAUCUACAAAAUUCUAGCAUAACCAAACAAUCGGAUAAGCAAAUUAUUUUCACUUAAUUUCUUUGAUUAAAAAUUUUUUUUAUUAUAAUUAUCACAAAUCUAUUAUUCUAUUAUAAAUAUUUUUUGUGCAAUGUAACUUAUUAAAUAUAUAAAAUAUUUCAAACACAUAAAAGACAUGAAAGAAACUAAUAUAGUUGUUUUUUUUUCAUUUUAUUAAUAUUAUAUUAGAAUUUUUAUUAUUUAAAAUUUUAAUAAAAAUUCUGAAAAUCUUAUUAUAUAAUUAAUAAAAUAUAUAAAGAAAUAGUAAAAUAUUUUUUAUUAAAUAAAAAUUUUUAUUAAUUGGAUGAUAUCACUAAAGAAUAAUAUCACUAUAAUCACUAAAGAAUAAACAAUAAAUUCUAAAAUAAUUUCUAAAAGUAGGAGUGGGGACUUAUUGCUUUGUAGACGUCACUGGCAUACAGAAUACAUAUAACCACAGAUUGAAGAAAACCCAGUCAGUAGUCAGUUUGUAAAGAUCAUUCAAUGUGAUUUGAUUAUUUUGCUUAUGUGUUUAUUUAAAUCCAUGUAUAUUUUAUCCUGUACUAUUCCCGUUAAUAAUUGAUUCAUUAAUUAACAAUACGUGUUAAAAGUGAAUUCAUACAAAAUACUGAAAUAAAGUGAAACGAGACAAAUAUGAAGAAUUUGAGAACUGUUAUGCUAUUCGUUGUUGUCCUGAUAUUGGGACGCCAUGCCUUGAGUGCCACUGCUUCUGCGAUUCCUAUGUGGGAAUUCCUCUCGAGGGGUGAGAAAAUGAGUUACUUGUUAAGAAUAUUCAGCCUACAGGUAGCCAAAUACUGUAUGGAUUCCUCAAUGCCAGAUUGUAAUAAAAAUUUAUUGCUUACCGGGAUGCGGAACUUAGGUAACAUGGAAAAUAAUGUUCUUGACAAAUUGGAUCCGUAUCAACGUGAUGCGAAAGGACUUAUUUGGCGUGCCAUGAUAAAAAAUGCAUAUAAUACAAGAGUUGCUCACAAACCAGAUGAAUUUUACUUCUCCGGAACAGAUUCAUUAGCUAUCAGUGAUAGCGAUAUAAAUGGUAUUGGAGAAGAAACAAUGACAACACGUGAUCGUGUUCAAUUAUCUUCUAAACACACUGGUUCCUUCCUGGUCGGACCAAUGGUAAUUCGAGUAUACCCGGAUGGUCGACCAGUUCCAGAAGAUUUGAUGCGUCCUCUGCCCCGAGACGAAGAUAUGGAAGAAUUUAGACAUUCUCGAAUACCCUCAUUUGAAAAAAUAGAAACUAAUAAAGAUAUUUUCAUCGAAAAACAAUUAAAAGAAAGCACAUUUAUAGAACCUAAUAAUCAUGGGUUGCCUCAAGAGAAGAUUGUUCAUCAUCGAAAUAAUCAUUCACUAUUUAAAAGACGAUUACCUCAAGAGGUAAUUGUAAAGCAUAAGAUACGGUAUUAUUGAAACUAAAUUUUAUCUAAAAUUUAAAUUCAUUAGAUAGUUUUAAAAAUCUUCAUUGUGAAUAUUUGUAAAAUUCAUCGAAUAUUUGAAUUUUUAGAAAUAAUGAAAAUGGAAUGUUUAGUGAAAACUUUCCUUUAAAAAAGUUAGAAUUAGAGAUGUGUAAAUAGUUUAAAUAUAUAAAAGAUAAAAAUUAAAUAUUUAAUUAUUAAAUGUACUUAGAAAAUUUGAACAUUUACUAAAAUGAUAUGAAAGAUGUUUUCUUUAAAUAUAAUGAAUAUUUAAAAUA